ACUUACUAAAAUAUUAUUUUCAAUACUUUCUUCUCACCUUUGAUUUAAUAAUAAUCAAAUUAUAUUGAUAAUCUGUAUCAAUAAUAAAGACAAACCGCGGCCAUAAACAAUCUGUCAACAAUAAAGACAUCAUCCAAACGGCUAUAAAAUUUCUAAAGCUGUGUUCGCAAACGCUAGAAAUAAAAACCUUUGAUUGGUUAAUUCUCUUAUGCGUUAUACAUUAGGCUAACAUUUCAUGUAUCGUACGACAAGUUAAUUAGACUUUUCAAUUGGCGAUAAGAUAGAGCAUUUCUAGAAACUCGGAAAUCUCUCUAAUCUAUGACCAAUCGAAAACGUCCAAUCAGUUGGUCGUACAACACAUGAAAUAUUAGCUUUAUGCGUUAUGAAAAAAUCUGUGCCGGGCCCCAGAAAGUGAAAAGAUGGCGGUUAAUGAAGACGUAAUGUAAGUACAUCAUAUUGUUAAUAUUACAAAUAUUUAAGAAAUAUACACAUUCUUAGAUAUCUAUACUAAACUAAAGAAUAAAUUUAUUUUCAGAAUGAUGGAGACGGACUUGUCCGGAGACGAGAUAAUUGCACAUGCAGCUUCUGAAAUAGAGAAGCUGCAUGUGCAACAAACGACGAAUAUGCCGCCAACGGCGGCGGCGGUGGCAGGACCCUCGGCAUUGGCUCCGCCACCACCACCACCACCGCCGCCGACGGCGCCGACGACGUCGGCCCCACUACCUCUACCAUCGCCGCCGUCGACAUCGGCCCCACCAUCGUCGCAGUCGCCGUCGACAUCGGCCCUACCACCACCACCGCCGCCGACCUUACUAUCAACAAUACCGUUACCGCCGCCGCCACCGCCGAUGGCGACGGCGACGGCGACGGCGGCGGCGGCGGCGGCGGCAGCGGCGGCGUCAGCCCCACCGAUGUGGUGGGCCCCAUGGAUAUGGCCGUGGGGAAUUAUGUCACCGUCGACAUCGGCCCCACUAUCAUCGCCGCCGUCGACAUCGGCCCCACUACCAUCGCCGCCGUCGACAUCGGCCCCACCACCACCAUCAGCAUUGUUGCCACAGCAAUAUACAAGACCUCCUCGCUGGCAACGUGGAAAUAAAAAAUUUAAAAAAGAGGCGGCGGGCAAAACCGCGGGAGAGGCCGUGGGAGAGGCCAAAACAUAUAUAUUACGUACCAAUAAAAAAGCACCUGUCCUGGGACAAAAACUCGCGCGCGUACAGUUGGCCGUGCCUCUUGAUAUAUUUUAAUUAACUGUAUUUUAACUUUUUAA